AUGAAUUACUUAAGAGAGAAGGUCUCAGGAAAAAAGAAGCGUUUAAUAUAGGAAGGAUAUAAUCUUGAUCUUACGUACGUGACUAAAAGGAUAAUUGCGAUGAGUUAUCCUGGGGAAGGAAUAGAAGGUUUAUAUCGAAAUCCAAUAGAUUAGGUUGCUGGUUAUUUAAAUACAUAACAUAAUGCAGAUUAUAUGGUUUUCAAUUUAAGUGGUCGAAAAUACGACUUUUCAAAAUUCAGAGGAGUGGUACAGGAUUGUUGGAUAUGGAAAGAUCAUCAUUCUCCCCCUUUGGAUCUUUUGUUUGAGAUCUGCGAUCUUAUUCAUGGUUAUUUGAAAGGCGACAAAAUUAAUGUAGUGGUUAUUCAUUGUCUUGCUGGCAAAGGCAGAACAGGCACAAUUAUCUGCUGUUAUUUACUCUAUACAGGCAAAUUCAAGAGCGUGAAGGAUGUGCUCUAUUAUUAUGGGAAGAAGAGAUUUGAAGAGGAGGGUCUGGGAGUCAAUCAACCUUGUUAAGUGAAAUAUGUUGAAUACUUCUAUAAACUUUUGACUUUGGGCUAUAUAAUUUAUCCAACAGUCGUUACUCUCAAAAGAAUCACAUUUUAGGGAAAAGCACCUGCUUUUAAUAUGAAUGGCAGUUGUAAGCCAUAUAUGCAAGUAAUUUAAGUGAAAAAUGAUAAAGAACUUUAUUCCACAUAAAAAGAAGCAAAAAAGUAUAAAGGGGUUUCUCAUGAUGUAUUAAAUUUAUGUGAAUUAAAGCUCAAAUUAGACAAACUAAUGCCAAUUUAUGGGGAUAUUUUAAUUAAAGUCUUUAACGAAGGAAUCUUGAAAAAAGAGAAAAUGUUUAGAUUAGCAUUCAAUACAGCAUUCAUUGAUGAGACUGCGUAAAAUUCUCUGGAAUUCUCAUUACAAGACUUGGAUCCAAGUUAGAUAAUUAAGGACGAAAGAUUUGAUAAAAAUUUUAAAGUCAUUAUCACAAUAGAACCAUGCUCAAAGUGUAACAAUAGAACUGAUUUUUAAAUGCUUUGUGAAAUAUGUAAAGCACGUCUUAAGGAAGAAGAAAAGUAAUGGGUGAAGAUAAAUGGAUUACUAAGUUAAUAUAAAGUACCUGAUGAUGAAAUGGCUACAGAAUUGUUAUUUAUAAAGAAAGAAUAUGAUGAUGUUGAUGAUGCUAUGCAAUUAAAAAGGACUGAAAAUUCAAAUGAUAGUGAUCCAAAAGACAGAGAGAAAUUCGAAAAGAGAGUUAGAGCAAAAACAAUCAAAUUUGUAUAAGAAUAACCAUAAUAGUAAUAAUAAUAAUAAUAACAAUUAUUAUAAUAAGAAGGAUAAAUUUUAGAAGAAAAUGAUAUUCAAAAUUAAUGA